AACCCCAGCACAGCAUCCCUCCAGUGGCUGUUGCUGGUGUUUAUCUCAUGUUUUUGUUUUUAUUUCUCUAUGUCAACUGCUUUGGGAACUUUUGUUGAAAAGCAGUAUAUAAAUUUGUAGUUGUAGUUGUAACAAUGCUUUUCUUUCUAGAAAACAAGAUGGCAUCACACCCAGUUUGUCUAACCAUGGUUAUGUCAGCAAGCCGAGGAAGUUGUACCAUAGUUUAAGGUGGAAGUGGUCAAAACGCAUAGAGCACUCAGGCUUCCAUUUACUCCCACAUUAUCCCCCACUCGGGUCCCUUAUUUGGGCGUGGGAUGUUGGCAACCCUAGCAGAAGAAGAAACUGUCCUUCCAAGACCUGCCCCUUUCUCCCCCUGCCUUCAGAAGAAAAGGGCCUUCCCUUCAAGCCUCUCUCUCCCCAACGGACAUCCCCUACAAGUUGUUAACUUGGUUCCUACUGGGUGGCAGUUUUCUGAAAUGGCUUCCUUUGGGUGGAAAAGGAAGAUUGGUGAGAAGGUGUCGAAGGCGACAUCCCAGCAGUUUGAAGCCCAGGCAGCUGAUGAGCAGGGUCCUGUUGACAACGAGGAGGCGGAUGGGCUUCAUGAGGCUAAAAGGAAAAAGGGCCUUCUCCCGGAAGACUGCUUGGCCAAAAGUAAAUGUCUGAAGGAUGAAGGUGCAAUUUUGGCUGAAAAUGGAAGGUACCGGGAAGCUGUUCACAAAUGGGAUGAAGCACUUCAGUUAUCUCCGGAAGAUGCUACUCUCUAUGAGAUGAAAUCACAGGUCCUGCUAUCUUUGCAUGAAAUGUUCCCUGCAGUGCAUGCAGCAGAAAUGGCUGUCCAGAGAGACCCCCAUUCUUGGGAGGCCUGGCAGACCUUGGGUCGUGCCCAGCUUGGAUUAGGCGAAAUCACACUGGCCAUCCGAAGUUUCCAGAUUGCCUUGCACAUCUGCCCUGCGAGCCCUGAACUGUGGAGUGAAGACCUGUGUUGGGCCAGAAAAUUGUACGAACAGCAGAAGAAAGCAACCAAAACUGAGGCGCGCACACAAGGGGAAACUGCUCAAGGAGAGGCUUCAGAGGAACCAAUCCCAGAUUAUGAUUUUGAAAGCGAUGAGAUUCUGGCGGUGUGCGCAGCCAUUGCUGAGAAGGAAAAAACCACCCUGGCCUCUAAAACUGUAGUGAUCGUAUCUGCUUCGGGGGCAGUCGAGACUGUCGCUGAAAAGGAGGAGUGUGCAACAAUCCCUGAUGGGACUGUUUUUAUCAAAGCCCGAUAAAGCAGCACCAACUCUUCCGGCAGCAGCCAUGCCUCUGAGGCCUCUUUGCUCCCCGUCCCAAGCAUCGCAGCCUCUCCUUGGAUCAUCCACCACUGUGGAUCCCCUGCCCUGCCCAGCUAAGCCUCCGUGGGGUGGGGUUUCAUUGCCCUACUUCCUGUGAACUCCUCACGAGCAGCUUCUCCAGGAAGGGAGGGAAGAUCGUCGGGGUCGCACAUCAGUAGGGCUCCAGCUCUCUACGCCGCCCACAAAUUGGAUGCCGCCAAUUAUGGAAUAACCCAUUCCAGGGCCGAGCACCUUGGCAGGACACCUGGCCUUUCCGUGUCUUGUCCCCGACCCAUUUUGGGCUCCCGGUCUGCAAAUGGCAGUUUUCAUUUGAACUGGAAGUUUGGGGCUGCCAGUCACUCUAAUCUUUUUUUUAUGCAAAGACGCUCCUCAGUGGCCCCAUGAACAGCUCUUAUUUCAUCAUCUUCGCCCAGCCUUACUUCAUCUGUUCUCAUCCCUGGACUUCAUGUAUACAGCACGUAAGCCUGGAGAUGCUUUUCUAAAUGGCCGUGCAUCCCCAAAGCACUGCCCCACUCUGUUUCUCUUAACACUUUCCUAUGGCUGAUUGUGACCACAAGCAGCAGGAAAAGAGGGGCAGCAAAGGAGAGGAGAAAUGUGGGGGAGGCCCAAGCCUCAUUCAGAUGUCAUGUGGAGCCAGAUUGAUUGCUGAGUUCGUGCGACAUUCCCUUGCCCUGGGGGUGCACCUUCCUUCCCCUUUUGUGUGCAGGGAUUUGCAACAAGCCAAGAUCUUUUGUGAUAGAUCCUAGGCAAUCAUAGCUUAUUCUAGCCAAGGUUUGCAAAUAAACCAGGAUAGCAUCCUGGUUUAUCCAGGUUCAGAUCCUGGUUUAUUUGGGAACUGGCUAGAGUAUGCUGGAAAUGUUCCGCUCAGGUGUCAAGAGAGACCAGCUGAGUCAAGAUUGGAAUUAGAAUAAUUUCUCCUCACAUACAUGAAAGGGAAGCACGCACCUUUGACACUAGGGGAUAUCACGCCAAACAGGAUUCAGUCCUAGGUCUGUAUGAUGUCUGAGUCAGGCCAUAGCCUCAAAAUGGUGCUCAGCAGUAGAAGGAUUCACAAUAUGUAGUCUGCCCAACGCGCUUCAGCUUGUAGAGCCAAAUUACAUUACCUAGACUUUUGUCCUGCACUUUUUUCUUUCAAACAGCAGCCAUGAGAGACCUAAUCCAGAUCAAAGGAGGGGGUUAACCCGUCGCCCUGUGCAGAUUCUCUGGGUAGAAUGCUGGCCCUGAAGCGGAUACUUGCACCAUUUAGAAAAACUUGUAAAGAAAGUCAGGAAAAACUCAUAGUAGCUUCAGGGAUGGAGGAUUAGUGUUGGGAAAUUAGCGCAGAGGCAGAGUGUCAAUCUUCCUCCCUGUGCUGCAGCCCUGGCUGCAACUCUUUCUUGAAGAAAAAAACCCAGUGCCGGAUUUCCAGUCACAGAAGUCUACAGCACACUUCGUUUGGCCCAUUGUUGUCUUAAGUGGCAAGGAUGCAAUCUUAUUCUCUGUCUUAUUGCAGCUGUUUCUUUAGAGCAGGCCUGCUCAGCUUUGCCCCCCCCCCAGCUGUUUUUGGACUACAGCUCCCAUAAUCCCCAGCCACAGUGGCCAAUAGCCAGGGAUUAUGGGAGUUGUAGACCAACAUCUGCAGGACGGCCAGAGCUGAGCAGCCCUGCUUUAGAGCAUGUUGUAUUAGAAACAGCAUCUAAACCCAUGAACUCUAUUUUGUUAUUGUGCAGUAAGUUAGCGGAAUAAGAUAGAGUAAGAUUUCCUUGCCCCCAAAGAAGACUUUAAGUCAAAAUGAUUUGGGAAUGCUGCAUAUCUCAGUAAACUUCCUACUUCUAAGCUUAUUGUGGAGGAAGUAGUCGGAAGAAGUAUCUCCUGCUUCUAAGCAUUUAUUAUUUUAUUUUAUUUUAUUUUAUUUUAUUUUAUUUUAUUUAGUGGAGGAGGCAGGGGAUUUUGCAUUGAUUAGGGCCAUGCCUCCAUUCCCCCGAUCCUUGCUUUUCCAUUUGUAAACUCAGCAGUUUGGGCAGCAUCCUCAUACUUUGCCCAGUAAUUGUUCUGAAAUCCUGUUUUAAAAGAACCCCCCCCCCUUCUGCUAUUGAAGGCAGACACGUGAAGAGUAUUCCCCCACUGCCUUUCCCGGAACAUUGGAAUGUUUCUAGCUGACAAUACAUAGAGCAGGGAUGCUCCAGUGCAGUGAGAAAGCAGCCUUAACAGAACUGUCCGAAUAACUGCACUGGUGGAACAGGAAAAUGGCAGCUUUUGAUGCUUUCCCCUUCCCCAGGAAGUUCUCUGUGCCACCAGAAAAGAUGACCCUCAGGGUUGAGCAGCCCUUGGCAACAUUUUCCGGUGACAGAGGGCUUCCUGAGAGAGGGAAGGGCAUCGAAAACUGCCACCUCCCUGCUGCAGUGUCAUCAGGAAGUUCUGUUAGGCUGCUCUCUUGCAGUACCUUGCUCUGUAUAUGUCAGCCGGUGUUUUUACAUACAAUUAAAUAAUUCCAGCGUUGAAAAAACAGUGGGCAAGCAAGAGUUCCCACCACACAAAGCCAGAGAACUGGAACAUUAUAUCAACACAAAAGCAGUGUAAAAUCAGCGGCAAUCUGGAGUGCAGGUGUAGCUCAAAUUAUCUCUACUUGGGUACAUCAGUUGUGAGCCUCCAGUUCCUAAUUUAUUUCCAAGAUAAUAAUUUGUUUCUUGGAUUUGGAACAAGUAGUCCACUGUCGUCAUGCUGGUUUGGAAGUAACUACUAUUCGAAACAAGAGACAGUGGCUUCAAUAUUACUCACCCUCAUGCUAACUCCCUGUGUCCAAGGCACUAGUUAAGGUUGAUUAAAUUCUAAUAUAAGUUUGGUGUACACACAAAAAGGUAUGUGUAUAAUUAAUACUGUUCCCUGAUAAAUUCUUAACACAUUUAACAGGCUUGCUCCAGAUAGUAUUUCAUAUGCUGAGCUUUCAAUCCAAUCAAAUGUUGAUGGUUAUGAAUGGAUGCCCAUUCCUUCAAAUAAAGGAAGGGUUAUUAUUUUUUCACCAGCAGAUACUUUUGGAAUAAACUGUCACAAGAAGGUAGAUAUAACCCUUUGGACCAAUGCAUUGGUUGCAGUGGGUGAGUUUUUUCACACAGAUUAUAAACUUUUGGGUGACUUUCUCUACACAAAUUGCUUUCAUAAGUUAAUUUCCUGUUUUAAUAGGGUGAUUCGGAAAGUAGGGAUAGGUCAAACGAUCCCAUUGGUCAAGUUAAGUCUCUGACCCCAAUCACUGAUGACCCUUUAAAACUACCAAAUUUCUACCUGUGUUGUAAGCCACCCAGAGAACAAUUUAUUAUGGGGUGGCUAAUAAAUAAAGUUGAUUAUGAUUAUAAAUUUCUAGCUACCUAGCCAAGACUCCUGUUCACCCAAUGUGAUCCAAAGUACAGUCUCCAAAGUGGCAUAUUCUCAAGUAAAUAUAUAUAAGAGCGCAGCCUUCAACAGAUAAUGAGAAUUAAGGCCAUAUUUUUCUGAGUAUGCUUGGAUUAAUCCAAGGUGUUGGCUACAUGGUGCUGCCACUUCAAAUGUGGAUAGUGUCAUCCUGGAUUCCUCUAGCAUGGUAGACCUUUUUUCUCUUGGUUUUUCUCUUUCCCAUGUGCUCCGUUGUGUGAUACAGGAUAAAAGGCCCUCCUAGUGUGUGACUUCGCUGAAUAGUUUCAUAAAGAAGUAGCAUUCAAUCACUAUUCUUUUGCUACUGAUAUUCUACCCAAAUAAAGGAGAUCAACUUUAUUCUAAUGUCUUACACUUGGUAAUGUUUUGCAUGCUUAUGUCCUCUUUGCUAUUUCCAGGUUGUAAAUAAAAUGUAUUGCCUAUGUGAACAAA